GGGUCCUGGUGAUCGCAUGGUGGUUGAAGCCCCAUGCCUCCUUCUCCUGCUCACCUGGCAGGGGUGUGACGGAGGGCGUGACGCUGCUGCUGCUGGCUCUCCAGACGGGACUGCUGGACCUGCAGAUCCUGCAGAGGACCUUCCUCCUCAGCAUCAUCCUCUUCAUUGUGGUGACAUCGACCCUGCAGUCCAUGAUCGAGAUAGCUGACCCCAUUGUGCUGGCACUGGGGGCUUCGCAGAACAGGAGCCCUUGGAAGCACUUCCGCAGCCUCAGCCUGUGCCUCUUCCUGCUGGUUUUCCCCUGUUUCAUGGCAUACAAGAUCGCUCGCUUCUUCCACAUGGACUUCUGGCUGCUGAUCCUGGUCUCCAGCUGCAUGCUCACCUCUCUGCAGGUGAUGGGCACCCUCUUCGUCUACGCGCUCUUCAUGAUCGAGCUGCUCCAGGAUGCGCCCCUGGAGAAGACGGACGAGAUCAUUUACUACGUCAACGCGGUGAGCCGGGUGCUGGAGUUUCUGGUGGCUGUCUGUGUGGUGGCCUACGGCACCUGGGAGUCCAUCUUCGGCGAGUGGAGCUGGAUGGGCGCCUCCGUCAUCAUCAUCCACUCCUACUUCAACGUGUGGCUGCGGGCCCAGUCGGGCUGGAAGAGCUUCCUGCUCCGUAACUGGAGACUGGAUCUUCGUACUCCCAUCCUGUUCCAGCUGGAACAGCGGUGUCUGUCCCAGCUCCCCACUAACCCUUCUUCCUCUGCCGGGCAGGAGAUGACCAUGGCCGUGAUCACCGACUGCGGCCACUUCUUCCACACGGGCUGCCUCCGCAAGUGGCUGUACGUGCAGGACACCUGCCCCAUGUGCCACCAGCCAGUGAAGCCUUCGGCCACCGAGGGGCUGCAGCCAAAUGGGGGAGAGCGGGCGGAGCCAGAGCCCGAGCCUGUCCCAGAGGAGGGGCCACCUGAGGAUGCAGAUGCUGAGGCUGCGGGAAGGACAAGGACGCUGGGCCCCAGCAGGGCUGGUGAGAGCGGGGAGCCCAGCUGGCAGGAGCAGGAGAACCCAGCACUGGCAGAACCCAGCAGGGCCGCUGAGGGCAGGGAGCCCAGCUGGCAGGAGCAGGAGAACCCAGCACUGGCAGAGCCCAGCAGGGCCGCUGAGGGCGGGGAGCCCAGCUGGCAAGAGCAGGAGAACCCAGCACUGGCAGCGCCCAGGAGGGCCGGGCUGCUCCCAGAAGCUGUGCACAGCAGAGAGGACGAGCCCAUGGACCCAGCUGGGAGCAGGACUCCCCCGCCAGUGUCUCGGGGCUGCACUCCAUAGCUGUGUGCCAAUCUGGGGCUCACAGCCCUGCUGGGAACCCUGCCCCUUCUGGAACGAGGAGCAGGCUCCUUGGGGAGCCCCAGCCCGGCACCCAGGUGGAAGCACAGAGUGGAGCGGAGAACAUGGAGUGGGGCAGGAGCUGGGGCCAGCACGGGCUCUGACAGCAGCCACUGUCUCUGUUAGUGUUCAGCCUGCAGCACCAGCCCCCCACCCCUAGAGCCUGGGCUGGGGCAUCCCUGCAACCCGAGUGCUCAGCAAGUCGGUGCCAGCAGAGGCGGCGUGACAGUCGCUGCCAGGCUGGGAAGUGUAACUGCCCGUGCGCUGCCCUGGAACACAUCCACUUAGCCCCACGGGACAGGCCUGAGUCUGCAGACUUGCUUCAGCUCCGGAGUCCCCAGUGCAGUGCCCACCCCAUACGCAGCGCUGGGGAAGAGGCAGCAGGGCCCAGCACAGCCCUGCUCCGGCUGCAGGGAAACAACCGGGAGGCACUUCCCUGGCUCGUGCUCCAUUACAAACGGGCACCACCGGGCUGGGCUGCCCACAGUUACAGAAAGGGGGUGUUGCCGCUGGGUCCCUAAUCACUUGGCAGCUGCUGCUAAGCUGGGUGCCAGAUCUGUGUGGGCUCUGCCCCAGCACAGGGGCUCUCAGCCAGAAGGCAGCCAGGUGCACCCGCCCUUCCCUUCCCCCUGCCGAAGUGGGAGAGGCCGAGAUGCACUGGCCUGAUGGCUCUGGGGUGAGUGGGGCGUCCUGCAACUGCUUGGGACCAUGUGCAGGAAUGGGGAAGGAACCCAUCUGGGCGGGCCCUGUGCUCUCCAGGCCGGGCCCGUCUGCUUGGGCAGGGGCGGAGGUAGCCUGCUGCACCACUGGUAUUACAAGGCUCCUGGGGGAACCUCAGCAAAUCCCAGGACUGGACCCUGGGCAGGGCAAAGUGCCCAUUCCCUCUGCUGGUUCAGCCUGCAGCAUCCCCUGCAGAGCCUCUCCCUGUACCAGGCCAGUUCUGCCCUGAGAGGAGUUCGCCCUGGCAGGGGCGCGCAGGCUGCCACUGUGACACAAGGAUGCGCAGCUAUGCACUAACAGCAGCCAUGUCUCACCCCAGAGGUGGCUGCAUACCAGUGGUAGGCAAAGCAAGGACAGACCGGGAAGUCUCCCCUCAUUCUGUACUCUGCCCUCUGGGAAGUAUUGACCACAGGUCAAUGCCCCUUUCCCGUGCAAGGCCCCAGGGGAAUGUGACAAAACGUGAAUAGAAACCCCCUUUUGUUUUUAAAGCCUCAGGGAUUAGUAAUUCCAAGGAAGCUGUGGCUUCCCGGAGAUGGACGGGCCUUCGUACAGCUAGGCUGGGCAUGUCUGCGCAGCAUGUCGGAUCCGUUUGGAGCGAGGGGUUCGAUCACCGUCUGCUCUCUCUUCUCUUUGGAAGGGACCCAUCCAGCCUUAUUCAUGGUACCUUUGGGCAAUCAAAGCGCCUGGAAUUUGCAGAUUCCCAUUAAAUCUGUGGUGCUGCGUGGGCCAUUUGCACUCGGUCCGGCGACCAGCAUAGGGUGGCUACGAAAAUGCCAGUAAAAACACAGGGAACC